AUUUCCGAGUUUAGUCACAUGGUAUUUAAUAUGCGCGAUGGUCAUGGCUACAAUGUAUCUCUGCAAAACUAGCAUGGCGGCCAAACGAAGCCGGUCUGUCUGGCAGUGCAAGACUAAUUACGAAGUAACAAAUUAUUGAAUAGAUUAAGUGAAACAGAAGGCUGUGGCUACAACAAGUGGUUUUAUGAUUGGUGGUUCUUCUCUUCACCUGUGGUUUUGUAGGCAUGAUGCCAACUAUGCUAGUGUAGGACUUGUGAUGAUUGUAGAAAUGUGUGUGCUAAAUGUUCAAUGAUAAACGCAAUCCAAUUCAUAGCCUACAUUCAGAUAAACAUUUAUUUUCAACAUUUAGUCAUCCGUUCGUUUCUUUCAGACGUUUAAAUAGCCAAUAACCCCGUCAUAUAUACAGUUAGUUGUCGAUAUCGACAUUGGCCAAAAGUUUAUGAUAACACCUAUUUUAUUCGGAUGACAGCAAAGCGAGAAACGCACGGUCAACACACCAUGCUUGCUGUCUGACGCUUCCGCACAGCGCAAAUGUACAUAUUAACUGUAUCCAUGACAACAUGAAAACCUUGCCGUUCACAGAGACCGCAGCACUGCAACAGUGAGCAAGACUGAGCAAAAAWCUUAUAUGAAAUAGCAAAAUAUUUUACAAUCAACUCAUGAUUGUCCUAUGUUCUACGUGCUAACUUUUGGUUUUAUUAACUUUGUUCAGUUUUUUUAAACAAAUGUGGCUAGGCUACUAUUGUAUUAUGACCACUAGCAUGUGUAAUAUGCCUCUUCAAACCAGAGGGAAAAUGUGAAGACCACUAAAGAAAUGGAUUCACUUGAUGCCCAAAGGAAAUACCUGGUGACCUGCUCGGAGUCCCUUAUAUUAAGCCAUGGACAGGGACCAGGUUUGGACCUGGUGGAGAAAGAGACUGACCCUCAACAGGUUGUUAUGGUCAAUCUGAGCUGCUUACUGCUGAAAAACGUGGAUAAUGUGGGAAGCUGCAGGUCUCUAAGAGUAUGCAUCUUGGCGGACAAUUUUAUAUCCACGAUAGAUGCUCUCAUCGCAUGUGUGCAUAUAGUGAAGUUGGAUCUUAAAGGAAAUCAGAUAACCCAACUCCCMGGCGUAGUGUUCUGGGACAGCCUGAGACGACUCCAGCUGCUCCAUCUCCAUGACAACAACAUGGGGACUAGAAAGAACAUUGAGGGGUUGUCAGGCUGUCCUAACCUCACAGCAUUGACCCUCUACGACACACCGCUCAGCCUAAAGGGAAACUACAGACACUGCAUCAUCAACAGCAUCUGGUCACUGAAGGCUCUGGAUAACUUUGUGGUCUCUGACGAGGAGAUAAUUGAAAACUGGAUCCUCCCUCUGCAUUUCAAAACCCUCUGUCAUAAUUUUUACUUGAACCUCUAUCCAGCAGCUAAGAUGGGGCCUUAUCAGAGUGAAAUGAGAGCAAUCCAUAAGAUUAUAUCAGAGGUCAAUAGGAUCCAGUCCGUUUAUUCUCCAACGUUGAUCAUCCAACGGUGGAUCAGGGGACAUCUGACCAGAAAAAGGCUUGGACUUGUCCCUGCUGUGCCGAGCCGGGAGAGGUUCAGCAUCAGAGUCCAUCUGUCCCCCAUUGCCUCUGAGGAGACAGACAGUCAACAGACCCAGGGGGAGACAUGGGUCAAAGAGUGCACAGCUAAACAGCACCUGCAGAUUUUACAAGAGGUGGUGACAAGCCAGGCGUCUUUAGAGGCCAAGAAACAGAAAGACAUCAGUCCUCCGCAUAACACCCCUCAGAACAGUAAGACCAUGAGGUCCAACAGAGCCAAGUACAGUGAGGCGGAAAGAGACUUCACUGCUGCAGAGGAGUUCUAUGAAGAGAAGCUUGGGAAAAUGUGUUUCCGCCUCAUCGGCUUCAAGGCUCUGGUCCACCAGGUCGAGCCUGUCAGCAACAUGCUCAUCUCCCGGCAGCAGGGGGGACGGGACAUCCGCAGCGCCAUCCGCCUGUUCCACACACAGCGUCCCGAGCCACCCAAGCUGCCCCACCCUCGACCACCCCUAAUCAACGCCGAGAAGCGUCUGAUGGGUCGCUGCCUUGGCUCCAUCAGCCUAGCCCCCUUCCAGGUGAUCCAGCGGGCCUACCGGAUGAGGGAGCAGGCCGAGGCCCUGCAGAGGAGGGCCCAGCAGGUGGCCCAUUCCCAGGCUCGGAGGGAGGGCGCCCAGGGCCAGCGCCACGGCCUCCUGGAGGCCCGCAGGGAGGUAGUGCUCCAGGUGAGAGAGAAGGAGCAGAAGGAGGUGGAGGGGGCCCUGGCCCUGCUGAGAGCUAGCCGGGACAGGGAGGUGCAGGAGGUCAGGCAGAGACACGCUGUGUUCCUGGAGGAGAAGAGGAGGCGUGCAUCGGAACGGGCCAUGGUUGUCGCCUUCAGCAGGCAGCAUGCCUUCCUGUCCAAGACGGUCAACAGGCAUGCUGUGCGGCAGAGGCAGAGUCACACCCAGCAGGAGAGGAGUGUCAUGGUUGCCAGCAGCAGGCAGCAGUCCAGGAUUCAGAGGGAACGCAUAAUGGGAUGCAUAGAGGACAGGCAACAGUCUCUAAAGGAGGAGGCCAUUACAUCCAGAGUGAACAGAGACACUUAUCUGGCCACGAAGCACACCAACCAACUCCUCCGAGCCCAGGAGAGAGUGGCCAGUGUGAAGGCCAGCCAUGCCAAGAUGGAGGUCCUGCAUCCUGUACCGGUCAACCAGACUGCCUGAUCACCACCUCUGGUCCCCCUGUAUCCCUCCACCAUGCUUCUCAAGAGUUAAAUGCUAUGAACUGUAUUUUGGGGGGCUAUUUGUUUAUCUUUAAUUMUGUUUAUGAAACCACAAGGAGUAAGGAAUGUGAGGAUUCCAGGAAGAUGAACAAGAGAGGUCAAACCAAGGUCUAGUGUUUAUUGUUUGAGUGAAAUCACAGCAAUUCAUUCACCUCAUGGCGUCUACUCAUGUUGAAAUACUUGGCCAUUGUCCACAUCUGUUUAUUUUUUUUUUUUAAAGCUAACCGUUUGUCUCUCUGAGAUUAGUCUCUCAAAUCAAAAUUACAGUCAAUGUACAUCUUGACUASAGAUUUGAAAGGUUGAUUACAAACAUGAUUCAAUGAGGUAGGAAAUAUCCUCCCAGUAUUUUAAAACAAGCUGCAUCUAAAUGCUCAGGCAUGAACUAGUCUGCUUUUUUUAUCCACAGUUCAGUAGCUAGAGMCAAGGCAGAACAUGUACAAGCAUGUCAGACUCAACUGCAGCAUAACAAACCAAUUUGCAUGUCUCAUGUUCAUAGGGCUACUAACUGUUUAAAUGCCCAGAUAAGAUCUAACAUUUAAUACAGAGYGUAGUAUUGCACAUUUUAAAAAGAUUAGGUCUAAAUAGCCUGGUCCCAGAUAUGUUUGUGCUGUAUAGCCAAGUAAUUGCCAUGGUCAUUGUCAUGCCAAACUGGGACCAG